CAUGCACUUUACGUUGAAGUUGGGUUGUUGUUUUGCAGUGUCUGCUGUUGAAAAUUUGGUUGUCUCUGAAUGUCUUUGUUUACACAUUUGAGUAUUUGCAUUAAGCGAAUCUGAAUACAAUACGCAAUAAUUGUUUCCGAUAAAUUAAGUACUUCAGGGAAGUUCCUCGUACUCAUGACAACUUUAAUUAUUAGAGAAUUACUUUCAUUGCCAGUGCGGUGUAGGGCCGCAGUUGACUCACACGAAACAGGUUUAUGACCAAAUGAUUAACCACAAUUUCCUCGGAUUAUAAUUACGCAUCUUAUACCUCGCAGUAUGGAACCUAUUAUCGUGUAGGUUCAUUAAGUUUUUUAUGUGCGUUUGCGUAUUAAGUGUUCGAAUUCUGAAUUAUGUUCUGGAUUUUCGCAUUGGUGUGUUCCUGCAUUAUCGCAAUUACGAUUACUGGACGCCAAAAAUACUGCAUAAAGUUUGUUGUGUAUGAGCCGCAUAAACAGUGUACUUACUAAACGUAUACUUAAGUACUUGUUUACGUUAUGGGUGAUCCUGUUACAAAAUCCUUCUCCGCCACCGUGGAUACGGAGACGAAAGGAACAUUGGCCAAUGUAGUUAUUAACUGGCGGGUGGAUAAAUUCAAGUUCCGCCAACACUUGACCACAGCAAUAUUUUCCGGUCCGGUGCGAGUGUUUAAUCUCGGACUGAAAAACAGCAGAGCGGAAUGGUGUCUGCAAAUGACACCGUUACACCGUGUGAAGAAUAAAUCCAGCGGCGGAAAAGACGAAGAUUUUGUUUCGUUGUUUGUCUGCUGCAAAAAACUGAAAGAGGGGGAAGAAAUUGCUGCGACUCAUACGCUACGCAUUGUUGACGACAAGGGCAACGUUCUGUAUGAACCGCCAGCCAGCAACAAACCCUUCGUGCACAGCAAUGCCGGUUUUCCUUCUUGGGGCAAAAUCGAGUUCAUCUCGCACCGGCAGCUUUUCGCUUCCGGUCAGCGCUACAUCCAGGACGAUGUACUACGCAUCCAGGCUGUGAUAGAAUUUUUAGUACAUACCUCCAUGUGGAUCGCUUAA